UAAAGGGGCCACUUUAUCAAUGGUCCUAAUUCGGUUUAAUGUUUAAAUUCGUCUCUUUUCGUAAUCCCGGACAGCGUAGCGACCAUUGAAAGGUCCAGGGAGCGGCGCAGAUUCACAACGGGCUCGCCUGUGUUAGUUAGGUACUUGUAGGGGGGUGACCAGAGAAAAGAAGUUGAAUGGAUCCGAGGGUAGCUUGGAUUCAGCCCGAACAGAAAGGACCUGCGAACGCCUUAUGGAUGCACGUCUGGGAGACCUCUCAGGGAGUACGGACGCUCUCCGCUCAGCAGCAGCUCCACAAUCAAAACCACAACCAGUGUGUGAAUUACGCGGCGUUGGAUGUUUUAAAAAAUGUGGCGACCGCGGUGGCAUCGAGCAAGAGCGUUUGCAGCAGCAGCAGCAGCAGCAACGGUAACGUUACUGCCAGCCUGAGCAACGGCAGCAGCAGCAGCAGCAGCCAUCACAGCAUCAUGAACGGCACUACACACAGUAGUAGUAUUAACGGCACUGCGAUUUCCUCGCUGGGAAUAGCGCUGUCCAACGGGAACGUACACAACUCUUUCACCACGACAAACGUCGCCGAAGCAGGUGAGGGAAAAAUCCUGCCCCAGAAGACGGGAUCCGUCUCCUCUUCGUCUUCACAGGAAUCCGGGACGGACAGUCCCCCUUCUAGCUGCUCACUUGAGAGGACUAUGGGUGGAAAUGUGACGGGCAACAUGAAUAAAAACGUCGGGGGUGCCAACCUUCUCUUCAACUUGAGCGACAACAUGGACAACAAUGUCAACCUUUACCACCACCACCACCACCACCGUCACCUACAGGAGCACCCGGCUUUCAAUUUACAGCAGAUUUGCGUGAAGCGUUAUCAGGUUCACCCCUCUGUACCUGUAAAUCACACACACAAUCACCAUCCAGGCCGAAGGAAAAGUGACAACAAGGCGAGCACUUAUGGGAUGAAUUACUUGCUUUCAAACUGCACUAAUGGCAAUUAUGCGAGCACUUGGACGCCCUGGAAGACGAGGAAGUACAACCCCGGGGUCCUUGGGCUCCACGAAGAGGUGAUGGACUUCUAUAACUUCAUGUCUCCUCGGCCAGAGGAGGCAGCUAUGAGGAAGGAGGUGGUGAACCGGAUAGAGAUGAUCAUCAAGGAGCUUUGGCCAACUGCAGAUGUCCAAAUCUUUGGCAGCUUCAGCACAGGGCUGUACCUUCCAACAAGUGACAUUGACCUAGUGGUGUUUGGGAAGUGGGAACGUCCCCCGCUGCAAGAGCUAGAACAAGCUCUUCGCAAACAUAAUGUGGCAGAACCUUUCUCUAUUAAAGUGCUGGACAAGGCUACAGUGCCAAUCAUCAAGCUGACAGACCAGGAGACUGAGGUGAAGGUGGACAUCAGUUUUAAUGUAGAGACCGGAGUCAAGGCGGCAAGCUUCAUAAAAGACUACGUGAAGGAGUAUCCAGUGCUGCCUUACCUGAUCUUUGUUCUGAAGCAGUUUCUGCUGCAGAGAGAUCUAAACGAGGUCUUCACCGGGGGCAUCAGCUCUUACAGCCUCAUCCUCAUGGUCAUCAGUUUCCUACAGCUCCAUCCUCGUAUUGAUGCCAGAAUCCCCAGUGAGAACUUGGGGGUGCUGCUGAUCGAGUUCUUUGAGUUAUAUGGCCGCCAUUUCAACUACUUGAAAACAGGGAUUCGCAUAAAAAAUCGAGGCGCAUACAUAGCCAAAGAGGAGAUAAUGAAGUCCAUGACAAACGGAUACAGGCCAUCCAUGCUCUGCAUAGAGGACCCACUGCUUCCAGGUAAUGAUGUGGGGAGGGGAUCCUACGGUGCCAUGCACGUCAAGCAGGUGUUUGACUAUGCCUACACUGUCCUGAGUCAUGCUGUGUCUCCACUUGCACGGUCAUAUCCCAACAAAGACUGUGAAAGCACAUUGGGGAGGAUAAUCAGGUUGACCCAGGAAGUGAUCGACUACAGGGAAUGGAUCAUUAAGAAGUGGGGGGGCAGGGACUUGGCACGAACGGACAACAGAGUGUCGCCUCCCAAGGAGCCAGUGUUGGAGCAGGAGUCCUGUGUGCUGGGGGGUGGCGUUGUGUCAGAAGAACAGCAAAGGGACUCGGUGUCCCCCCAUAGUGCAGACUCUCCCAUGUCCAUCUCCAGCCCUCAGCAGCACUCGUCAGCCUCAUCAGUCUCCUCACUGUCUGGAUCUGACAACGACUCUGAUUCAGCGUUGCCGUGCCCCCUCCCUCCGCCAACCCUGCCAGCAUACCCGUCCUUUCCGGCUCUCGGCCUAGCUUUACCACCAGGCCUCAACAUGGGCACCGGCAAGCCCGGCAUGGGAGGACACCAUCUGCUCCUGCCUCCAGGUUCACAGGCUCGCGUCUCACUGCCCGGUGGUCUAGCAAUGCACUCCAUACCUGGCAGACAGGUGUGUAUAGACACCGGGCUCCCCCCCUUCUUCCACAUGCCCCCCCCAGCCCAUGCUCAUGCCCCUGCCCCCUCCAGCCCCCAGCCUCAGCCCAGCCCCCACUCCAGCCACACACACAAGAAUGGAGCCAAGUUCAAUGUGAAGGGCUUCCACAACCCGCCGCUGGUCAACAACGCUGUUCUGGCGAACCGCGGACACACGCACGCUCACACGCACACACAAUACCACCGCAACACUUGGCGACGCAGGAAGAGGGACAGCCUGCCGGUCAGCCUCAGCAGAUAGAAACCACUCCUCGUCCCCUAACUGUUCCUCCUCCUCCUCCUCCUCCUCCUCUCUGGCUGCAAACCC